GCAGAGUCCUAGAAUCCGCGCGUCUGUCUGCAGGGAGAGAGCCUGGGGGGAAUCGGGGCGUGACAUGGACUCCAGCCCCUUAUGAAACCUGCCCAAUCUCCCUGGUCCUCUGCCAGGCUGAGGAAUCGCAUCCACGUUUCGCUCCAGAUCCUCCCGUCUUCCAGGAGACAGGGCAGGGAAAUGGCCGUGAUGGAACCAGCUCAGAUGCCGGUAACCUUCGAGGAGGUGGCUGUGUAUUUCACCCAGGGGCAGGGGGCUCUGCUGAAACCCGCUCAGAGAGCCUUCUACAGGGACGUCAUGCAGGAGAACUACGAGACGGUGACCUCGCUGGGAUUUCCCCUUCCCAAACCUAACCUGAUCACCCGGCUGGAACAAGGGGAAGAGCCGUGGGUGCCUGAUCUCCAGCCCUGUGAGGAAAGAGGGAUCCCGAGAGGCACCCACACAGCAGGCGACAAGAGAAUGAGUGAGAACGAGGAGGGGAAUCAACAGCAGGAAGUUCCUGGGCACAGGGAAUCACAGGGGACCUUUGUGGGAAGACCCCAUAUGUGCUUAGACUGUGGAAAAAGCUUCAUGCGGAGGUCAGACCUUGUUUGUCAUCAGGCAAUCCACACAGGAGAGAGACCCCAUAAGUGCUUAGACUGUGGAAAGAGUUUCAUAUGGUGGUCACACCUUAUUUUACAUCAGCGAAUCCACACUGGAGAGAAACCCCACAAGUGCUUAACCUGUGGAAAAAGUUUUAUACGGAGGUCAACCCUACUUGAUCACCAGGCAGUCCACACUGGAGAGAGGCCCCAUAAGUGCUUAGAGUGUGGAAAAAGUUUCAUACGGAGGUCAAAGCUACUUAAUCAUCAGGCAGUCCACACUGGAGAGAGGCCCCAUAAGUGCUUAGACUGUGCAAAAAGUUUCAUACAGAGGUCAGACCUUGUUAGACAUCUAGCAGUCCACACCGGAGAGAGAUCCCAUAAGUGCUUAGACUGUGGGAAAAGUUUCAUAUGGAAGUCAACCCUUGUUAAACAUCAGAUAAUCCACAGAGGAGAGAAAUCCCAUAAAUGUUUGGAUUGUGGGAAAAGCUUCACAGAAAGAUCAUAUCUUAUGGCACAUCAGGCAAUCCACAGUGGAGAGAGACCCCACAAGUGCUUAGACUGUGGAAAAAGUUACAGACAGAGGUCACACCUUGUUGUACAUCAGGUAGUCCACACUGGAGAGAGGCCCCAUAAGUGCUUAGAUUGUGGGAAAAGUUUCAUACGGAGAUCAGAUCUUGUUAAACAUCAAGUAGUCCACACCGGAGAGAGACCCCAUAAGUGCUUAGACUGUGGGAAAAGUUUCAAACAGAGGUCAAUCCUACUUAACCAUCAGGCAGUCCACACUGGAGAGAGACCCCAUAAGUGCUUAAUCUGUGGGAAAGGUUUCAUACGGAGGUCACACCUUGUUAAACAUCAAGUAGUCCACACAGGAGAGAAAUCCUUUUCUGCAGGCAGGAGGCAGCUGUAUCGGAUCCCUCCUAGCACUGGCUGA